AUGGACAAAAAGCAGCACAUAGCUGAAAAUGCCAAUAAUCCUUUUGUGGUUCCACUGUCAGGAUCGUGUGGCUGCUGUUGGACAUUCAGCGCUACUGGAGCAAUAGAGGGGCAAACCUUCAAGAAAACAGGCAAGCUGAUACCACUGAGCAAGCAGAAUCUGCUCGACUGUUCAGCAUAUCUGGGGAACCAGGGCUGCUCAGGCGGUAGGCCCUCUUUGGCUUUCCAGUACGUGAUCGAUAAUGGCGGAAUUCAGGCUGAAGCCACCUAUCCCUACACAAUGGCGGUGGGGUCCUGUCGUUUUAACAGCAGCAAGGUUGUCGCCACAGUGGCAGAUUACAAGUACCUCCCAAUUGGCAAUGAGCAGGCUUUGGCAGAUGCCCUGGCAACCAUCGGGCCGAUCUCAGUGGUUAUAGAUGCCAAUCAGAUCAGCUUUCAGUUCUGCCUAUCUGGUGAGUUACUUUUUGUAAACUUUCAGCUGUCAGAAGGGAAUAACUCGAUGAAGCAACCGUGUCAGGACAGAGCUGAACACACUGCUUAA